AUGAGGCCCCUCUCUUCUUCCGCUGCUCUCGUCGUCUCCUUCCUUUCGACCCUUUCCGUCGUCGUCUGCCUCCUCUACGCCGCCUCCGUGUCUUCUUCUAUCUCCACAUCUCCCUCGACCUCGACCUCAGCGAACAAGACCACCCUCCAUGUCACCGCUCUCACCAACCACGCGGCCCCCCCGUACCUGGCCCGCGUGCAGUGCUGGGCCCUCGCCGCCCCCUUCGCCGUCUACCCGACGGUCGGACGCGCGGUGGACCUCGGCGACGUCGACAACGUCACGUACGUGGUGCUCCCGCCGCGCAGCGGGGAGGGAUGGCAUCGUCCGCCCCACGCCAUGUUUUUCGUCCUGUUGAGUGGGUUGGCGCAGGUUUAUGUUCCGCGUCGUCGUCAUCUUCUUGCCGGUGACGGCCUUGGAAAUGGCGAGGCCGUUGGAGGGCGAGGAGAUCACGUCCAUGUCCACGUCCAUGGCAAUGACUAUGACUACGACGACGACGACGAGUCAGGGUAUGAGCGGCGGUUCGAGAGUUCGGGGUCGAGGCUGGACCUGGGUUUGGAUUUUGAAUUGGACCACGACAAGGACGGUGGUGGCGGCGACCACCACCAAAACCAACAGCAGCAGCCCCUCCUCCCUGGUCAGCAGCGGCACCCGCACCCGGACGACCCAGCCUGGGAGACCAUCACCAUCACGCCGGGCUCGCCGCAGCAGAUCCUCGUCGCCGCGGACACGGACCCGCGCGCCCGGGGCCACCUGACCUUUUACCCGGGCGACGGCGAGACCGUGGCGCUGCAGAUUCCGUUCAGCAGGGACGCGGCUGAGGGGCCCGCGCACGCCGUCGUGCACGAGGGGGCGUGUCGGGGUGAUGAAUGA